AACACAUAGUAUUGAUCAUCCCUUACGUCUAUGACUAAGUGGAAAUUCUUACCGGAGGUUUCCUCGGUGGAAAAAUCGUUGACAUAAACGCGAUAACAUUUUGUUUCUCCGGUGCUCUUAUUAAUAAUCGGGAUAAGUGCUACCAUUUCGAUCAUGGCCGAAGAGGGCCCCAAAAUGAAACACGUCCAGGGCGUCGGCUAUACAACAAUUAUCGGACUAUGUCUUGGCGGUCUCAUUUUUGGUUUGCUGAUGCUGGCAGUAACUUGGUAUUGCUACAAGAGGAAAGUCCUGAACUCUCAUAAACGACAUGGACCUGAUCAACCGUUAGCUUUCCACACUCACAAACGACCGACAGCAGUUAAGAGUCCCGCGGGUUCUACGGGUGGAACUCAUUAUCUGAAGAAGAGUCCCAGUCCGACUGGUCCUUCUAAAACACCACCAGGGAUGUCUACACCUCAUACUCCAAGUCCUACUGGAAGCGUAGUUGGACCUUUGGAGAGUGGAGUAAUUAAUAAUCAGAUCGAUAUGAAACCCGUACAUGAACCGAUUGCUAAAGCCGAAGUCUCGGCGAUUUACAAUACGGAAAACGAGAAAAAUACGUUACCUACUAAGGAAGAAAUCGAGGUUAACGAAAAGAAUUUACAACAGAACGCUUCUUAUUUAGGACAACUUGUUUUCAAACUCAGAUAUAAAAACGACAAGAACGCUUUGAUAGUCUCGGUAGUAAGAUGUCGAGAUUUGCCGGCUAAAGAUAGCAGUUUGGGAUCGAGCGACCCAUACGUAAAAUUACAACUUCUGCCCGAUAAGCAACAUAAAGUGAAAACUCGCGUACUGAGAAACACCAGAAAUCCCGUUUACGACGAAGAUUUCACUUUUUACGGCAUAGCUUUCAAUCAACUCCAAAAUAUAACUUUGCAUUUCGUCAUCCUCAGUUUCGACAGGUACAGUCGGGAUGACAUAAUAGGUGAAGUUUUUUGCGCUUUAAAUUCCGUCGAUACAGCACAAAUCGAAACCCAACAGAUGGCGGUAUGUCGGGAAAUUCAACCGAGAAGUUUGAAGAUUCGAUCGCAAGGUAGGGGGGAUAUUUUGGUGUCUUUAUGUUGGCAACCGGCUGCGAACAGAUUGACAGUUGUCGUACUGAAGGCGCGUAAUUUACCCAAAAUGGACGUCACCGGACUCGCGGAUCCGUACGUGAAAAUUUAUCUUCUUUUUAAUGGUCAACGCAUUGCCAAAAAGAAGACCCACGUCAAAAAAAGAACUCUUAGUCCGGUAUUCAAUGAAAGUUUCGUAUUCGAUAUACCCCAAGCUGGAGAAGGUUUAGAAGGGGUUAAUUUAGAAUUCUUACUGUUAGAUUGGGAUCGAGUUACUAAAAAUGAGGUUAUAGGAAGGUUGGAUUUGGGCGGUCCGAAAUGUACAGGGUCGGCUUUACAUCAUUGGAACGAAGUCUGUAAUUCUCCAAGACGCCAAAUAGCCGAAUGGCAUAAACUAAGAGAGUAAAACCAUCACCGUUUAUAUUUAAUAUUGUAUGUUUAAAUAUUUAUCUACAAUUUCGUUCGAAUCAACUUUGUAAAUGAACGGAUUCAUUUCUUAAA